GGCCCAAUCUGGCAGCGUACAUUCAACUAGGGUUUCAGCCUCGGCGCUUUUAAAACCCUGGUGCCCUCCUCUUAACGCUCUCUUCAUCGCUGCCUCGAGAACGUGAGAGAGAGUGAGAGACGACAGAGACAAGAGGCGCGAAGGGAACUGCAACCAUGUCUCUGGUGGCAAACGAAGAUUUCCAACACAUCCUUCGUGUUCUGAACACGAACGUCGAUGGGAAGCAGAAGAUCAUGUUCGCCCUCACCUCCAUCAAGGGUAUUGGCCGUCGAUUCGCCAACAUCGUCUGCAAGAAAGCCGACGUCGACAUGAACAAAAGAGCUGGUGAACUAUCUGCUGCUGAGAUUGACCAUUUGAUGACCAUCGUGGCAAACCCCCACCAGUUUAAUAUCCCUAACUGGUUUCUCAAUCGGAAAAAAGAUUACAAGGAUGGCAAGUAUUCUCAGGUUGUUGCCAAUGCACUGGACAUGAAAUUGAGAGAUGAUCUGGAACGUCUGAAGAAAAUCAGGAACCACCGUGGUCUACGUCACUACUGGGGACUGCGAGUCCGUGGUCAGCACACCAAGACAACUGGCCGCAGAGGGAAGACAGUUGGUGUCUCUAAGAAACGUUAAGAGGCCCGUGUUGCUCAUUUUGAGGAUUUUGCAAUGUUUUAUGCGUCAUUCCAUAAAUAUACUUGCUUCAAUUCUGUAGUGUAGGGUGGAUUCUUUAAAAGGUUUUGCUGCCAGGUUUUUUAUGAUAUUGUGAGUCUUGCUUUUGUGUUAUGGACCUUGUUUAAUUUUGAAAUUCCAAGUUUGAUGUUGGUCUUAAA